AAGAAGCUUCCAAGCUACUUCUUUCUUCAACCAACCCCUUAGAGUUAUAUUAAUUUUGAUACUGUUCUCUCACUUCCAUCUCUAAAUUUGUCUUCUUCCCACUCAAUACUGUAUCUCACACACAUCCUUUCGAGAUUUCAGAUCUUAACUCACUUCAGAACCUUCUUCUCUCUUUCCCUACUCUUCUCCUUUCUCAUCUCCAACAAUAUAUAAAUGUUGCUUAUAUCUAAACUUCUGCACCAUACACUCUUUUCUCCAUAGUUCAUCAAUUUUCUUAUGAGUGUAUUCUCUUGAAAUAUUCAUAUAGCAAAUCUACUUUAAUUGUUCUAUACAUGGCUUCAAAUAUUUGCAAACCUUCACGUCGUGAUAAUUCUCUAAUAAUAAAACCAACCAAAUAUACCUCAAAGCCUACCCUUUUGCUCAAAGACUACCUCCGAGAUGACCUAAGCUCAUGUUCAUCAAGCGGGUUCAAAUCAUUCCCACGAAGACAAUGCUGCACCACCGUUGGAUUCCAACACAAGAAGAACAACGGUACUUCACUCCCUCGUCGACGCGUAAGGGCUCUCCAGAGAGCUUCUGAAGCAGUAAUAACUGCCAUAAAGUCAUUGUCCUCACAAAAGAGUGCUAAAACAAAGAAAACUUCCACUGGUGUUCUUUCUAGGAGCUUCUCAAGGAAGCUGUUAAGUCGGAGAUUCUGGAGAAAAGCAGUGAAGGAAGAGGGAAGUGAAGGUGUAUUGAGGUGUAAGAGAUCUUUCCGGGAACUACUUAUGCAGGAACGAGAUUAUAAACCAACGUCGUUUAGCGAAGAUGCCAUAUUCAGUGCCAAAAGGUUCACCACCGUCUCUUCAGAUUGUUGCAGUAACAGCUGGGGAGAAAGUGAGUUUACGUUUUCAUCCAACGCUACGUCUUCCGACGGCUCAAAUGAAAAUGACCUAGUUGACGGCGUCAAAGACGGCGCUUCCCACCACCACAAGAUCGAAGGAGUAACAACUGGGGAUUGGUCAAACGAAAAGGAGCAAUUCAGUCCUGUAUCAAUACUAGAUUGCCCAUUUGAAGAUGAAGAAGAAAUGAAGUCUAAUUACAUGAUCAAUUCUUUCUUUGAAGGAGCAGAACACAAGCAUAUGCAGAAGACACCGCAUUUCGAGAACAUAUCUUCAAUGGAGCCAUUGGUUUUAGAGAACAGGAUCAAAUGCUUAGAAUUAGAAGACGAACCACAGAACCAUUCUACAAAACAAUGUUCAGAAUUUGCACCAGUUAUUGGAAACAACAAUGAGGAAGAUGCACAUGAUCUUUUCAAUUUUGUGAAAAGGUCAGUUCCAUCCAAUGAUUUGAUGAUUAACGCGGAGAACCUACUGUUCGAUUACAUCGAACAAAGCAUUGAGGAAAAUAAUGUUAAUGUUAAUUGUUCAAAGAAGCUUAACUUUUGCAAGGUGGUUGAGGAUUGGAUACAAGGGCAACCCCAAGAACUGUAUUUGGGUUGGGAAGUGAAAGAAGGAAGACAUGUUUACAUUAGUGAGAUGGAAAAAUGUGGAGAGUGGAAAAACACUGAUCAAGAAACAGAACAACUUGUUCUUGACCUGGAAAACGAGGUUUUAACUAGUUUGGUUAACGAGAUCAUCCUUGAUCUCGUUAAAUAGGCUAGAUAGUCAUGGAUAUGAUAUGUUGCAAGUACAUUUGCUUCUUAUGUUUUGUAUUUUAUGAACUUUACUUUCUGUCUCGUUCCCUGUCUCGGGGAAACAGACAGAUAAAUUUUGAAACAAUUUAGGAUAUCUAUGUUUAGAUUUGGUUCUAAUGGUUUUCUUCAACACAUCUUUAGUGCUUUGGUUAGAUAGGGUAUAUUAGAAUUUGAGAGAUACCGAUUGAAA